ACGAACUUCAAAGAACGUAGUGUAAACAGCUAGGGCAGCGACCCACAUACCGAGAGGAAAUUGACAUUAUCGCUGUUGUUAACUCGUAAAUAAUGGCGUUUAAUGCAGCCAGCGAAGGUUUUGAUACGUUUUAUUGAGUCGUUUAAGUAGCUUGUGUAGCAGUAUUACAAACUCGUAAGAGUAGCGUUAGUUUGAGAGGACAAUAGCCGGGACGCAGCUUUGUGUUCAUGUGACAUUUUAACUUGUUUUAUUCAGGUACGAUGUUUUUUGUUUUUGUUUUUUCCAUCCCAGGAGCUAACUACUGUGCAGAUGGUCGUAGAGAAUAACCUGAUAAUUUAGGUUUCGGAUGGUUUGGGCCGUCUUUAACCCGUACCAACGCUUCAGCUCAGGUUUUGUCACCUAAACACCCCAGAGUUUGGUAUCGAUUUGUCCUUUCACACAUGGAUGCAUCAGAAGGCUUGGCGAUUGUAAAUCGGAUGGUGGAGACCGUAGCUCUAAGUGAUGAUGCAGAUCCUGGGAGCUCCACCACACCGAAGGAGACUUCACCCACAGACAUGCUGAGAUUAAAACAGCAGAUGUCCAAUCAGUGCUUUGAGAUGGAAGUACAGCUCAACGCAGGCAAAAAUAAAAGAUCCUGCAGCGCAUCCGAAGCAGAAAGAGACUUACCAGACUUCAUGAGUGAGCUUGAAGAGGCGAAGGUGGUUCAUUUUAACAGCACAUUGGCGCUGCACAGAAUGCAGAUGUGGCACGCUUUGGAAGAAAAUAUGAUCCAGAGCGACCCAGAGGAAGAAUCUCUGAAAUUUGUGAGUGACCGCUGCACGUUUCUGUGUUCACGGAUAAAAAAACUUCAGGACGAGGCGAGUAAACUUCAAGAAGAAAUUACAGAAACACAGAAGAACAGGCUUGAGAUUAAGCGUCAAACGCAUGAGAAAAUGAAAGAGAUGGAAGGCCUAAUGUCCAAGAUGGAGCACCCAGAUUCAGAGAAAUACAAAGCUGCUUUGGAGAAAGGCCAGGCAAACCUGGAGAAAUAUAAAAAGAUGGCCAUAAUGACACAGAAUGUCCUUCAGAGCAUUCUCACAGCCUGUAAAGUCAACUGGCUGGAUGACCCCAAACUUCAAGAGAUUGCCAUGACGCUGGAGGAGUUUUCUAUCCCUGACUAGAGACUAACGUCAUUUUAAAUUUUAUUAUUUUUAAAGUGCAAAUGUGAAGAACUGUUGGAAAUUCAAAUAAAAUUAUCAUUUAUCAAAA